GGUCGGCAGUACAACCAAAAAUACUCUCUCCAUCUCUCUCUCUCACUCUCUAUCUCUCUCCUAUACGGAUUUAUUGUCUGACUGAACAGAAAAGGGUAGACACUGAAGUGGGCAUCAGGCAACGUUGGAUUUGUUGGUGAUAAAGAGUACACAGCAGAACAGGACUUUCUGGCAUUUGGAUCCGAUAUUGUAAAGUGCCAAGAUGAUCAAGAAAUCAAAGGUUACAGACCAAACAGCUGUGGGACAGGGAACUGAACCCCCUCAAGAAGAGAAACCUAACAAGAAAAGAGUGGGCAUCAAGAAGCGAUCCAAAGUCCCAGGUGUCAUGGUCACACAGUGGGUGGAGGAAAUCCCUGAGGGGAUGACAACACCAGACUUCAUUCGCAAACCCAUCGCUUUAACCAUCCAGGAGGGUAAAUUGGCCCUUUUCAAAGCGGUCAUAUGUGGUGAUCCGAAACCUGAGCUCACUUGGAGAAGAGCCAAGGGUGAACUCUCUGACGAAGGCAAAUUUGAGCAGAAGUAUGAUGAGACCACUGGAGAGUAUUCAUUAGUGAUUCCCAAGGUAACUGGAGCUGAGGCCGAUACCUACAAAUGUUAUGCUCACAAUGAAUAUGGGAAAGCAGUUUGCACAGCUACACUCAAUGUCAUUGAAGUUGGGUUCAAGAAAAACAAGGUUGUUUUGGAAGACAUAGAAGUUGAUCCUGCUGAGUUCAGAAAGAUGCUCAGAAAGAGGAAAGGAAAGGAGAAGGAAGAACAGAAGAGGGACGCAGGAGAAGUUGAUGAAAAGUUCUGGGAGAUCCUUAUGAGUGCAGACAAGAAGGACUAUGAACGUAUUUGUGCUGAGUUUGGCGUCACCAAUUUCCGCUGGAUGUUGAAGAAACUCAAUGAGAUAAAGAAGGAAAGAGAGGAGGAGCAAAAGAUGUAUGUUGAGGCUAUAUCUAACCUGAAACACAUUGAGGUGAAAGCAAACGGCUCUGCAUCAUUUCAACUUGACCUGGAGCUCAAAGACCCUGCCAGUAGGAUUUUCCUCUACAAGGACGGUGUCAUGAUCCCGUACACGGACAACAAUGAUGAUACAGAGAUUAAACACAGCCUGAAGAGAGUUGGAAAGACUCUGGUGUUUUCUGUCAAAGACCUGCUACCUGAGGAUGCUGGCCUCUACCAGGUGGAUGUGGAGGAGGUCAACAUGUUCUCUACUGAUUUUAAGAUUCCUAUGGUGGACUUCAUCGUGAAACUCCAGGAGGUGAAGGCCAAAGAGCGCGAGGAUGCCCUCUUUGAGUGUGUCCUCUCUCACCCCUUUGGCAGAAUUCAAUGGCUGGGCAAAAACGUGGCCCUGGAGGAUGGGAACAAGUACUCAAUCACUAUGUCAGAUGACAAACUUAUCCACAGGCUGCUGGUGAAAGACUGCAUGCAGCUGGACAAGGGCAUCUACUGCGCUAUAGCAGGCAUUAAAACCUGCAGUGCCUGGCUGAUCGUGGAGGCUGAUUCCGACCCUGCUAAUAAGGGCAAGAAGGUGGCCAGGAAGACAACGCAGGCUGGAGGCGCCGGGGUGGACCUGGAGAAGCUAGCCCAGGAGCAGCAGGAGAAGCUGGUGAGGGACAGGGAGGAAGCGGAGAGGCUGAGGGCCGAGGCAGCCCAGGCCGUCGCCGAAGCAGCUGACGGAGCAGAUGGCAAGGGCCAAGGCUCUGGGGUAGGUGACGGGUCUGGGAAAGAUGGGUCCGGAAAAGACGGGUCUGGAAAAGAUGGUUCUGGAAAAGAUGGCUCCGGAAAAGACGGGUCUGGAAAAGAUGGGUCCGGAAAAGACGGGUCUGGAAAAGAUGGGUCCGGAAAAGACGGUUCUGGGAAAGAUGGUUCUGGAAAAGAUGGCUCCGGACAUGGCACUGAUGUGGAUGGGUCCAAACUGAAGGGGAAGGGUAACAGUGACGGAUCUGGAAAGAGAGGCGCCAAUGAUGGCAGUGGGCUGAGCAAAGGAAAAGACGAUGGAAAAGAUUCAAAUGACAACCUAAACAAAGAUUCACUCAAUGAUGGCAUUGACCCAAAUGCACAAUCAGGGCAAAUCAAUGAAGAGGGAAAAGAUGGCAAGAGAGCCAAGAGAAAUAAGGUGCAACUUGGUCCAGACAAGGUUACUGAAGGAUCAGCAGGAGAUGCUGGAGGUUACGUCGAUGACGGAGUUGAAGUUUGGAACCAGAAAGGGACACUGGAGGGAGGCCUCACAGAUUUAGAUUCUCAAGGUGGUCAGUCUAAAAGAGACGGAGCUGAAUUGCAGGACAGCACUGCGGAUGCACGGGCUGCGCGGCGCCGUGCAAGACAAGGUUCUCUGAUGCCUGAGACGGUCAUUGAUCCUGGGGUUCAGUUUGUCAGUGGUCUAUCAGAUGUGACCGCCCUCUUGGGCCAGCCAGCGGAACUGACGUGUAAACUCAGCAGUGAGCAGAGUGAGGGGGCCUGGUACAAAGAUGGGAAGAAGCUAUCUGCAGAUGGAGAAGAUGGAGUAAUCCUGUCUAAAGAUGGGCCCAGCCAUAAGUUAUUGAUUAGCAAGUGUGAAGAGGAACACUCAGGAAGGUACCGCUUUGAGGCCGAAGGUCGGAAAUCGGAGGCUACAUUAUAUUUAAAAGAUCCACCAAGAUUCAACUCUGAUGAUUUGGGCAAAUUCUCUGAGCCUGUGAUUGUACGAGUAGGACAAAAUGCAGUCUUUAAGUUGCCUUUUGAGGGCCGUGAUCCAAUGAAGAUUCAGUGGUACAGGGAGGGCGAGGAGCUUCUGGACGACACCAAUGUAAAAAUCGAGAAGUCAUUGACCCAGAGCAGGCUCCUCCUCAGCAGGUGCCAGCGCAAAGAGUCCGGAGAAAUCAAGUUCCGACUGAGGAACGAGUUUGGCACAACAGAAGCCUUUUCAAAGCUAAUUGUCCUUGAUAAACCAGGACCACCCCAGGGCCCAGUGGAAAUUGUGGAAGCCUCCUCCCAAUGCAUCGAGAUCAAGUGGAGACCACCGAAAGAUGAUGGUGGCUCGCCCGUGAAGAACUACAUGGUGGAUCGCCAGCAGAUUGGUCGUAACACAUGGACCAAAAUCGGAGAGAUUCCCGGCGUUUCCACCUACAAGGAUACCAAUGUGGACCACGGAAGGAAGUACUGCUACCGGAUCCGGGCAAUCACCGAGGAGGGAAUAAGCGAGAUGAUGGAGACAGACGACAUCAUGGCAGGCACUUUGGCAUUCCCAGGGCAGCCGGCUGCACCAAAAGUGGCAAGCGCCUUCAAGGACUGCAUCAACUUGACUUGGACUGCCCCUGGUGAUACGGGAGGCUCCCGUAUCGUGGGCUACAACCUGGAGAAACGCAAGAAGGGCAGCAACGUCUGGAGUGCAGUAAACCCAGCAGGGGAACUCAUACCAGAAAAGAAGUAUGCUGUUAAAGAUGUCAUUGCUGGAAUGGAGUAUGAGUUCCGUGUGACAGCUAUCAAUGUCUCUGGUCCUAGUGAACCCAGUCCACCAUCGGAGUUUGGGAUUGCACGAGACCCUAAAAAGCCCCCAGGCAAAGUGAUUGACCUGAGAGUGACUGAAACGACAUACAUCACUGUUUCAAUCACCUGGACUAAGCCCGACGAACAGCCGGGGGUCAUGGACGAGGCUAAGGGCUACUUUGUGGAGGUCAGGCCAGCAGAGAGCCUGGAUUGGCAGAGGAGCAACCCCACACCCAUCAUUCUGACCUCCUACACCAUUAAAGGUCUGAAGGCCAUGGCUAUGUACUGGGUGAGGGUCAUUGCAAUGAAUGAGGGUGGAGAUGGUGUGCCCACUGACCUGGACAACUAUGUUUUGGCCAUACCUCCCCCUGUUCGGCCAAAGUUCACUAGUCGCAACAUGCAGAGUUUUAUGGUUGUGUGCGCAGGGAACACAGUACGGCUCAAUUUAGCCUUUGAAGCAUCCCCUUGGCCAGACGUGGACUGGCUGAAAGAUGGCGUUCCUGUCACCAAACGUGCAACCAUCAGCAACUCAGAUGGUGGAUCUCAGCUCCUGAUUCCGUCCUCUGAGCGCACCGACACAGGCAUCUACACCAUAGUGGUCAAGAACAUGGUGGGCCAGGAGACCUUCAGUAUUGAGGUCAGAGUAACAGAUGAGCCAAAGCCACCAGGCCCUAUCGAGCUGGAGGAGAAUGUGCCGGGCACGGUGACUGUGGUCUGGGAGCCGUCCCCGGACGAGAAGAGGGACGACCGGCUGCACUACAUGGUGUCCCAGCGUGACUCCACCAAGCGGACCUGGCACACAGUCGCAGACAGGCUCUUCAAUAACAAGUUCACCGCCUGCAAUAUCAUGCAGGGGCGUGAAUACCACUUCCGUGUCUAUGCCAAGAACGACAUGGGCUUGUCUUCCCCCUCCGAAUCGCCCACAUGGGGUACAACUAAGCAGAAAGGCAAAUUUGUAGUCAACAUGCCUGACUACAAAACCUGCAAUUUCCAGUGCGCACCAGCCUUCCUGGUGCCCCUGAAGGUCCGUACGGCGCCCAAGGGCUAUGAAUGCUACAUGAGCUGUGCUGUGAAGGGCAACCCACUGCCCCGCAUCACCUGGUACCAUAACAACGUCAGCCUCAACACCAACACCAACUACCUGAUCUCCAACAUCUGUGGCGUCUGCUCGAUCCUCAUCCUCAGGGUGGGGCCCAGGGAUGAGGGAGAGUACACCAUUACGGUUGAGAACCCACUGGGCCGGGCUGAGAGCUCCAUCAAGCUCAAUAUUCGAGAAUGAGAUGGCAUGGAGUUCACACAUCUUUUUAUCAUGAUUUCUUCCAUCAUGUCAACAUUCUGGAUGGGAGCAUUGUUGUGCUACUACUGACUGCUCCCAUCGACCCUUCACACAACUAUUGGCAUGUUUAUUUGAUCCAAUUGGAGGACAUGUACAUAUCUAAUGCUAUACUGCCUUUUCUUCUUUUCUGUUUAGGUAGACAAACCUCAUAUAAUUUUGCUUUUGCUUGACUCAUUUAUUGAGUUCAGAUUUAGUGUGAGAAUAUUAUUUGCUUUAUAUAUUGAAAGGAAACAUAAAUGUCUGUUGUGAGAAUGAAUGAAAUGAAAGCUACUGGGUUAUUUAUAAAGACAUCAAAAUGACAAAAUAUGACAGUCUAUGGUACACUAAGUUGAAACAGUGAAUGAAUACAGAAAGAGGCAGAAAUGACAUGAAUGUGGUACAGAGGUGCAAGUAUUACACUGCUUCAGAAGACCGUCGGGUCUUUAUAAUUGAGGACAGAGUAGGCCUAGACUACUCUGUAAUUAAAAAAACUGUUGCUUGUUUUCAGCUGUAGAUGGAGGUGUAUUUAAAGUAAGUGGUUUAGUGAGAAGCCUGGGUAGGUUAACUAAGAGGAAGUGCACAAAUUCCUAAUAAGAGAGCCUUGUGGCUUCAUUUGCCUUGUAAAUCAAAGCCUGAAGGCUCUUCUUGUAGGAGAUUUACAGUUAUCCUACUAUUAGUGAACUACCCAGUCACUAAACCACAUACUUGAAAUAUCAUCCUGAUGACUUGGUGGUUGAGUGUUUAAUAUGGCACACCUCUUACCAGGUUGUAUGAGUGCAGUGGGUGUUUUUGAAAAUGUCACAUGACCUUAUGCAAUCCAAUCAAUUGUGUUUUGCAAUAAAGUUGAACCUGCAUUUUAA